AUGCUGUCCUUCAUCAGCACACUGUCACGCUCGCUCCGAAUAUGUCGACCGUCAUCAGCAGCACAACCUUUUGUAUGGCUCGUUCGCUCAACCUACUCGACAAGCCAACAUGACCCGGCCCAAGAAGCCGCUCAUCAGCAAUCGCUCGCUGACGAAGUAGCUGCCAAGAAAGCCGCAAAGGCUGCAUAUGCUCGACAGCGCUGGGCCACAGACCCUGAAUAUCGCCAGAAACAGAUCGAAUGUAUGAAAAGAUAUAAGAGAAGUCCAGCCACCAGAUGGAAGACUCUGAAAUACUGCAAAGAAUACAACGAGGGCAGACGAGAAUCGGUCAUACAGAGAGUCCGCGAGAGUAGGCGGACCAAUCUUGUCCUCCGACGUUCAAAUGCCCUUCAGGAAAUAAUCGACAAGGGCAGUCGAUGGACCAAAGAAGGUUGGACUUGGAGGACUCACGCUCCGGCCCCUAGUUCUGAUCGGGUCGAGCAUUGUUGUACAAGCUGUGAGAAGCUCCGGUACAGGAAGCUCUGGUGGAAAGAGCACAACUCGGAUCAAUACAUGUGCAACAGCUGUUUCGCCAACCAUUUCGACCUCGUAGUACCUGAGAAUGUCAUGGGGAAAAUGCCCCUGCUCUUCACCUCGCCUACCCAUCCUCCACCCCCUCCUGAUCUGGACGAGCAUAAAUCCGAGGAAGAGGGGCGAACAAAUCAAGAGAAGAAGGAGUCAAACGGGGAAGACAAGACGACAGGAUGA